AUCAAUAAAAUGCUCGCUGUCUUCAAAGCGUUGUUAUUACGCUGCUCCUGAUUUCAACUUAUUUCUAUCCCGCUCUCCGUCAUUCUAAUAAUCGGGACGGAUCGGGGUUUCAGAUCGUGAUAGUGGAACGGGGGCAUCAAUAAUUAUAUCAAUUUUUAUUUUGGAUUGAUCUUAACGUCAACGUUGUUCCAAACUCUCACUAGGACUUCAUCUUCGAUAGUUUCAAUGUUAAGUGAAUUUAGCAAUUUCGAUUCAUGCGAACAUGCAGCCAUGUCAUUCCUGAUGUUGCUGAAAUUAAGCUUUGUCAUGACAGGGGAUACCUGGUAACCCAGGAGGAAUUGGACCAGACUCUUGAACAAUUCAAGGAACAAUUUGGAGAUAAACCAAGUGAGAACAGGCCGAGCCGCAAAGAUUUGACGGUGCUAGUUGCUCACAACGAUGACCCGACGGAUCAGAUGUUUGUUUUCUUCCCAGAGGAGAAAAAAGUUGGCAUGAAGACCAUCAAAGCGUAUUGCCAGAGGAUGCAAGAAGAGAACAUCACAAGAGCUAUCAUUGUCGUUCAGGAAAGGAUGACACCAUCAGCUAAAACGAGUCUUGGAGACAUGGCACCCAAGUACAUCCUAGAACAAUUCCUAGAAGCUGAACUUCUCAUCAACAUCACAGAACAUGAUUUCGUUCCUGAGCAUGUCGUGAUGACAGCGGAUGAAAAGGCAGAGCUCCUCAAUAGAUAUAAACUCAAAGAUCAUCAGUUACCAAGGAUACAGGUCGGGGAUCCUGUGGCAAGGUACUUUGGACUCAAGAGAGGACAGGUUGUGAAGAUAAUCCGACCCAGUGAAACGGCAGGAAGAUACAUCUCCUACAGACUGGUACAAUGACACAAACUCAUCUCUGCCUUCAAUUCCUUUUUAUAUCUAUCUGUAAAUAGUGUUUGUACAGUAUCAUGUGAUAAGAAUACAUACAUGUCAAAACCUUUGACCUCGAAGUAAUAUGAAAUCAUUAAGAGAAGCCGUAUUUCUAAGGUUGUAAGUCUUCUUUUCUUUCUUUUUUCUGUCAGAGUAAUUGCAAUUAGCAAAAUGAAAGUAAUGAUAAUAAUAAUAAUAAUAACAUCAUAUUUUACCUGGGGUAGCCACUUCAGUUUUGAAAACUGUUCUACCAGCGGGCCCUGCUUAACAUGAUAAUGAUAUUACUAAGUAAGUAGAAUGAUACAAGAUAUUUCAGUUGGUCCAUGAGUGCAUGCAUAACAUGGAAAUUUUGUUCACAUUGACUUUCAAAUACAUUCAAAUGAUACACAAGACAUAGUAAAUACAAUGUUUUAUAACAAUGCACCUCCGAACUUCUAUUUGCAUACUGUAACAUUGUCAAUCUCAAACAGGAUCAGAAUACCCCCAUCCUCCUCUGGUUUUGUGCAUAGAAAUAAAGUCUGGCCUUCAAUUAACCAGCUGCAUUUCUUCUAUUUUUACAGAAAUGUUUGCAAUUUUCCAUUUUAUUUCCUCUUGAAAUGCGAGUGCGCUGUAAAUAAUUGUGGCCGCCAAGACGUUUUGAAGUGCACGGAGAGGUUAUAAUCGAAUAUGAUAUGUGCCGUAUUAAAACUGCAAUUAUUAUUAUUAUGUCAUGCAAACAAAAUGACAUUAGAAUAAUUCGCAACACAGAGAAAUAGACAUUUCACAACUGUGGACCCUACACCCAAUAAAUUUCCAUUCAAAUGGUGUCCCACAUAUACAGAUAAGUGACAGUCCCAAGACAGCUCGAUUGAAUGAGAUAUAAAUUCUCUUACAACAAGAAUCAUCUUUCUAGUCUUCAUACAUGUUUAGGAUUUUGUAAAUAAAAGAAAUAAAAUGUA